AUUCUUUACUUUUUCAUUAAUUUUUUCCUUUUCAAUAUUUAGUUUUAUCGAUCAUAAACUCUUCUCUCGACCCCGCAUACAUACGUUCGUUCUCCGUCUCCUCCACUUCUGGUUCUUCUUCUUCUUCUUCUUCUUCUUCUUCUCCGAGCGAGCUCUCUUCGUAGCGGGGGAUCUCUCCCCUCCUCCGAUCUCUUCGUCGCCUCCGCCAUGGAAGUGGGCUCGAUCUCCUCCACCCCUCGCUCCGUCGAGGAGAUCUUCAAGGACUUCAGCGGCCGCCGCACCGGCAUCGUCCGAGCCCUCACCCACGAUGUGGACGAGUUCUAUGGCCAGUGCGAUCCAGAGAAGGAGAACCUAUGCUUGUACGGCCAUGCCGACGACUCGUGGGAGGUAACCCUACCGGCGGAGGAGGUGCCCCCCGAGCUCCCUGAGCCGGCGCUCGGUAUCAAUUUCGCGAGGGAUGGGAUGAAUCGCAAGGAUUGGCUCUCGCUUGUGGCCGUGCAUAGUGAUUCUUGGCUUCUCUCCGUUGCGUUCUAUUUCGGGGCUCGGCUCAAUCGAAAUGAAAGGAAGCGUUUGUUUAGCAUGAUCAAUGAUCUCCCAACUGUUUUUGAAGUAGUAUCUGAUCGUAGGCAGCAAAAAGACAAGGCUGGCAAUGAUACAGGAAGCAAAUCCAAACUAUCAACAAAGCGAUCAAGUGAUGGGCAGGUAAAGAACAAUUCGAAGACAGUUGACGAAGGUUACGGUGAAGAAGAAGACGACGAACACAGCGAAACCCUUUGCGGAACGUGUGGUGGCAACUAUAAUGCAGAUGAGUUCUGGAUUGGUUGUGAUGUAUGCGAGAGAUGGUAUCACGGGAAGUGCGUAAAGAUAACUCCCGCGAAAGCGGAGAGCAUAAAGCAGUAUAAGUGCCCUAGCUGCAGUUCUAAGAAAGGGAGGCAGUAGCACUCGGCAAAACUUCCUGUGUUCAUUAGCUCCCUAAAUGGAGAUUUGAUGACAUUGAUGAGAACUCCUUUUGUUAACUUACAAGCAGUUAGGUGGUGGCACAGUUUGCCUCUUAAAAUGUUUUUUUUUUUUUUGGUCUUUUAAGUUUGCUUGUACUAUUGCUCAGGAAGAUCUUAUCGUUCUACGUCUCUAUAUAUGUAACAGUAUUCCGAGAAGAGACUGAAAAAUCUCUUGAUGCCUGCGCUGUGCGUGCUUCAUGUUCA